UAAACAGGCUCCGAAACGGACAGAAAACGUACAUCUAAGUUUUUUUACACAGUACCGUGUGUGUAUUUUUCCGGUUUCCUAUUGCCGCUAUCCUUCCGGCACCACACAAAAUAUCCUGAAAAUGACAACCGAUUUCGUAUGAAUGGUACGGGGAGGCUAGCCAUUGCGCAAUUGCGACCGAAUGCCAGACGCCCGAAGUGUGAUGAACCAAAACACGACCGUCGGUGCGUUUUCCAGAGCGAGCAAAAAUUCAGUUUGGCAGUGUGCUUGGAAAGAUCCACAGUUCCUACGAAGGUGAACCUUUGCGCAGUUCAAGUUAAAGGUUAAGUCGCCAAAGAAGAAAAAAAACUUCCAAUCAGUGCUCAAGCAUCCUUACGUGACUCUAUCGAAACGGAUCGGUAAAGUGAGAAAAGAUGGACGUUUGUAGCAGUGGUAGAUGAACAGACCAACAUCCGGUGCUCGGUGGACGCGUGUGAAAAGUGAUUGCCAAGUAGGCUUUGAUUAGUGCUGGUGAAAACGUAGAGUCUGUCCCAAAACGUGCAACGUUGGACGACCAACGGCGAGCCUUCACGAUGUCAGCAGGUUCCGGUGGUCUCGGUGGGACGGCCUCGGCCCUGCUGAAAUCACCUCAAACGGCCCUGCAGCUGCUGCUGGAGGAAAUCAACUUUCAGCGUACGAAGGAGAUGCGGCAGCUGCUGAAAGACGAUGGUGGAUUCGUCGUCCUGCAGGGCACUACCUACUGGACGGACCUGUUCGUGCGACACUUUCUCUUCCAGUCGGAACCGGAGCACAGCAUCGACUGCGACGAUCUGCUAUUUUUCGUGCGCAAAAAGCACAUCAAGGGUUCGUCCCGUGCCAUGCCCCGGUACGAGACGGAAAUCGAGGUCUUCCGGAAGGACUCGCGCAAACUGCCGAUCGGUGACCCGGACGUCGACUGGGAGGAAACGGUUUACCUCAACCUGGUGAUCCACCAGUUUAACUACACGCUCACACUCGCCAUCUGCACGCGGACCUCGCCGAAGGAGCUGCAGGUGUUGCGGCGCCACUCGCAGAAGGUGUACGCGUCGCCCAGCCGUCGAAAGAUGGACACCAAGGGUGACAGCGAGGAGAUCACCUAUCCGCACAUCUGCUUCAUGGUGGACAACUUCGACGAGGUGUUUCACGACAUUUUGGUGCGCGACGGUGAGAUGGUGUGUGUCGAGCUGGUAGCUACCGAUCGGGACGGAAGCGUGCAGGGCGUUAUCUUUCUCGGCUCGAUUCGUUACGAUGCGCUAAAGAAGGUGUACGACGCAAGGCAAUCCAGUCUCGGCUCGAAGGUCGCACAACGGAUGUCCUUUGGAUUGUUUAGUACCGGUGGCCCACAGACACGGUGCGAGUUUGUGCGUAUGAAGGGUCCACAGGGCAAGGGACACGCGGAGAUGGCGGUUACCAAACCGAAGGGUUCGGGUGUCGAAACACCCACCAGUGAGCCAGGGUUCUGUGCCACUGAUAUGUGGGACUCGGAAUGGGAGGAAGACUGUGAGGAGUACUACAACUAUCGACACCAGCGACGGCUCAGCGAUCCAAGCGCGAAUUUGAACAACUUUAGCCGUUACGGUUGGCGCACGAAAAACCCGGGCGAUCCCGGCUCAUCUUACGGCGGUUCGAAGGCACGCUCCGAAAACGAGGGACUGGACUGUCUAGCGAACGAGGUGUCCGAGAUCGAGGCGGGAGAUUUGCGUGACGAUCGUCCUGCUUCCUCGUCCGCCACCACCGUCUUGGGCACGAGACGAUCGUCACCGGUCGGGCAGUGUGCAUCUACCAACCUGGCCACCGAUCGGUGUGCGUUCGUGAAAACGUCCACCGGCGAAACCAAGGGUGGUGGUGAUCCACUAGCGGGAACGUCCACACCCUCCGCAACGGCAGGUGCACCUACCGCUGCUGCGACAACCAAGACGGGAUGCUGCAGUUGCUUUCGCGCACCGAAAAAGCGCUGGUCCGAUGCCGACUCGGUCCAGAUGUCGGAAAUGUACACGCCCUGUCCGUCGUGCGGUGGUAACGAACCGGAAGACACACCCGCCACCGAAACGGAACGCCACCGGCUCGAAGCGCUCGAGCUGCACGACUCCCCGGCCUGUCUGGCGACGGUGUCAAAGGGCCGUUCGCCGCUCAUGAAGCACCGCAACGUUCUGAUCGUGGAAAGUGAGCUGGAGUUUGCGGGCGGUGCCAAAGUCCGUACCGGUUCCGCAGCCGCUGACAAAGCCACCACCACCAAGAAGAAACCACCGACGGACGCACUCAGCGCGGUAAAACGGCGUGAAAAUGGUUCCAAGGCAACGCAAAGCCCGAAAAAGCGUCUCAGUACUCCCGUGUUCCGGUCGAAGCGUAGCAACGCCGGUAACAGUGCGUCGGAACAAUCCGACACUGCACUGGGUCACAAAUCGAACGGCAAAGCGAAGGCGACCAAUGCGCUUAACAACAACACCGGCCUGAAUAGACGAUCCGCGCCACCGUCGGCCGCGACCGAAGCAACCGAAGCGACCGAAGAGUACGAAAUAGCGGACGAUGCCGUCUCGCUAAACGGUGGUGGUGGAGAUCUACUAACUGCGAACAGUGAACCAUCGGCACCGGCACUGAUUGAUCCCAAGCAGCGCAUACGCGUGAAUGGUCGCGAAGAAUUUCCGGCCGAACGGAACAAUGGCACGUCGAACGGGAAUGGGAACCACGGUGGGGAAAAGCAGCUAACGACUUCGGUAACGGUGGCCAACAUCAAGGAGCAUCGUGAACGACGAACCUCAAACGGGCGUACUUCGGGGAAUGGAUCUUCGACGAUCGGCAGUGGACGCUUUUCACUGAUCUAUCGGCGCAGCAAGUCGUCUUCUGCCACUCCAGCGGUGGUGGUGUCUAAAAAGGACGAUAAGAAAACGAAGGCCACCAUCGCCUCCGAUGGACGUAAAACGAGCGUAACGGAUGGAAAGAAUGCCGCUGAAACGCCACCGGCCCAGCCAGCAGUAAUAAAGCCAGAAGAAAAAGCAACUCCAUUGGACAGAAAUGCGACGGAGCGGGACAUUAACGGCAAUCCAGACGAGAGCACCACAACCGAACCCACGGACGAUGGCGAAACGACGGAAGAGAGCGAACUAAGCAAUCGUGCCAUUUGGGCCGCACUGAAAGAACUGCGUGCCAAGAAGGAAUGUUCCACGCUGCCGAAGGUGAAGAAACCGAGCUACAACAGCUUUUACGCGCGGCCAACAAUACUGGGCAGCGAGCGGGAAGGGACCGUACCGGCAGGAACUGUCGCACCACCGUCAACGACGAUCGUGAAUACGAUCCCGAGUCGUCGCACACCGGAUGGCACUAACAUCUACUAUCUGUGCGAUUACCACCCGAAGCGAAACCAUCACGGUGAAAAAGAGCUUGAUGAUGGCGCAUAUAAUCCGCUGUGGACAACGAAAGGGUUUACGCAAACGUUUCACUUCUGGAAGGAGAACCGCCGCCAACAGUCGACGCCAUUGAACGCCUUUCUCACAUACGUCACAUUGCCGUGGUGGAGCAUAGCGAAAGAUCUCUUAGACCACCGGGAGCAACCGAUACUAACGUUUUAAGUAUGCAAGGAAUUGGAACGAAAAACAAGGAUGCCUGUACAUCUCAGGACCUCAUUACACUGCAACUCAACCAGAUGGAAUGGAGCCGGUUUUGGAGGAUAUCCAAAAAAAAAGCGAAGAAACGACUUAUGCUGUCCGUUAGCAUAAGUUUGGGAGUUUUCUUUUUUUAGAUUUUAAUUAAAGGAGAAUGAAUCUUCCCAACCGCAUGGCGGCCAUUACAAUCCAACAACACCCUUUGUUGCAAUGAAUGCGAAAAGGAGACAUCUUCAAAUAAGCUGUGUGAUUCGAUUAAUGAACUCAUUUUACAUUCCACCGCUUCCAUCGAUCUCUAGUCAACAGCAACGGAAGACGGUGCGUACGGCCAAAGCACAUUCCGGUGCAAAGGCAAACAUAAUUUUGUGAUAAUACUCUAUUGCAUCCUGCGUCGUCUAAGCGCUCCCAAAUCGUGCAUCGAGCGAUCUUCGGAAAAAAGUCUUCUUGCUGGGUAAUGCCAUACCUUGAACUAUCACGGCACGAGAACAAGAACUACUUUUUUGUUUUUGGAACAGGAUUAGCUAGGGAUUAGUAAAGAAUAAUUACAAAAACACACACACACACAGGAAUCUCAGAACCACACGCAUGUACUUGCACUUGAAUGAGUAAUUGUUUUACUUUAUGCAUUUAAGGUUUUAGGUUGCCCUAUCAAUAUGGAAUUG